AUGGAAUUCGUAUCAGCAUUAGCAGCAGGAAGGCAAGCAAAACUAAUAGUAGAAAUCACUACACAAGGCGUCACACCACUUACACUCGCACUCGCGGUGGCCGCAACACAAACACGAGGCCAUCUCAUCUGCAUAGUCCCUCAUGACAAGACCAAAAACACAAUCUCUAAUCACCUUAAACAACAUAUGGAUCUGGAAAAGGUGGCGAGGAUCGUGAUCGGAGAUCCAUGCGAAGUGAUUAAGCAGUACAAGAACAUCGACUUUGCUGUUAUAGAUGGUAAAUAUGAAGAUCAUCUGAGAUUGUUUGAGAUUAUAGACAUGAAGCAGAAAGGGUCAGUUGUGGUAGUUAAUAGUAAAGUUUGUAGAAAAUCAUUUGGAGAAGUUGUUAAGGGGAAGAGAGGAUCAGUUGAAUCUGUGGUGAGUUUUCCGUUUGGUGAAGGCAUGGAGCUGACGAGGAUGGGAUCGUCUAAUUCUUGCGGGGGGAGAUCAUGUAGAUCUGGAAAAUCAAGAAGGUUUUAUGUAGUAGACGAAUAA